UUUCAGUAUAGAUCAUUCUCAACAAGACACGUGUCAAGCACAAUGAAAAAAUUAUGACUUUCAACUGGGUCAAACUUGAGGCCCCACUAGAAAAUGAACAACUUCUGGGUAGUCAUCAGGAUACCUGGGUUCUGGAUGAAAAUUCUCGAGGCGAUUCUGAGCGUGGUCACCGUUUAUCUGAUCUAUUCCACCUAUAUCGAGAUCCACAGCAUACAUACUUACCACCUGUUGCAGUGCACUGCCUUCACCUACUUCCUGAUCUGCGGUACUCUUAUAACAGAGUACGUCACUGAAGAAACUUCUCAUUUUACCGAAUCAACGUUCCUAUUGGUGGGAAUUCCAAUGCACGCUGUCAGCGCCACCAUGAACCUCUACUAUUAUUUCACAUUGAGAGAUUCCGACUUAGUAACCAUAGAGUUCUUGAUUUCUGGCAUCUUCUUCAUUAUAACUGGGGUGUUGUUUUUGAUUGAUCUUCUGUGUAUCAUAUAUAUAGACUGGCCUAGAGAUCUUAGGAGGGAGAGGAACCCCAUAAGGCAUAUAAACGAUUGGUGGUCCAGCCCCUCUACUCCCAAACAAGAAGGAAGGGUUACAUUUACCACCUAACUUAUAAUUUCAUAUUCAUAUUAUACUGAGGGUAUAUGAGUUGUAUUAAAUUGCUUAAACUCGA